GACGAUCAUGGGGUACAAAGGGGGCUUAUGGCUGCAAAACAGGUGGCGGGUAGCAGGCGUGCAGUGCGCUGCGCUCUGGCUAUGGACAUACCGGGAAUGCCAGAAAGUGGUAAUCGGCCAGAUGUUACAGCCCGGGCAGUUCAAACUCCUUCUGUGUCCUUCCUCCAAGGUCUGAAGCCAGUAUACGAGCCAGCCGUAUAAUGUUCCCUCUUAGUCGGAAUACUUGUACAUUAUGUGUCCUGUCUGAUAACUGAUUUUGCCUCCACCUGCCAAAAGGGGAAUCGUGACGUCCCUCCUCGUUAACCAUAGUACCAACACGGCGACUUCUUCUGAUUUGCCUAACAUUACAAAGAACUCAGGGGUGUGAGAGGGGUGUGUCGCAGGAGGUGAGCGCGUGGUGGCGCUCUUGUUUUGGCGGAUCAAUCAACGAGUUGUUAGCAGCGCUACAUACGCGCGCCGCAUCUUAAGCUUAGCUAGCUGGGCCUGGGAAAAGCACGACAUGUCGACAAUGGACAUGCAUGUUCUGCAUGAGUGCGUCACAUACGUGGGCCUAAUUUGCGCUUGCAUUCCUUCGACGUCAACACUGAUGUUUGGUGGAGUAAAAUCUGUUCCAAUUACGUACUAUACGGUUUUGACGGAUGAAAAGGGCUAGAAUGGCGGAGACAGUGGUCGAGAACUUCAUCGGUGGUGAGUUUAUUGGGACUAAGUCACACCUGGACAGCUACGAUCCGUCUACAGGAGAGGUGUGGGCUAGGAUUCCGGACAGCGGAGAGGCCGAGAUCGAGCAGGCUGUGAAGGCUGCCAAGGGAGCAUUCCCAGGAUGGUCAUCUACACCAGUGGAGGAACGCUCCCGCAUCAUGCAAAAGAUUGCUGACAUCGUGGAGUUGCAUCUGCCUGAGUUGGCCAAGGUUGAGUCACGUGACCAGGGCAAGCCAGUCUCAUUGGCUACUCAGGUCGACAUACCCCGGGUCGUGCUGAACUUCCGAUUCUUCUCGACAGUGAUACUUCACACAAACAACAGUUCCACCAUGUUAGACAAAGUCAACGCCAUCAACUACACGACACAUGCACCGGUGGGUGUGGCCGGGCUCAUCAGCCCCUGGAAUCUGCCGCUGUACCUCCUGACCUUUAAGGUGGCCCCUUGCAUCGCCUUUGGCAACACCUGUGUCUGUAAGCCCAGCGAGAUGACUUCUGUGACUGCUUGGAUACUGGCAAAGCUGCUCAACGAGGCAGGUCUUCCUCCAGGUGUUGUCAAUUUUGUUUUUGGCACUGGUCCUCAUGCCGGCCAGGCCUUGGUCCAGCAUCCUGAUGUUCCCCUUAUAUCCUUUACCGGCGGUACAGCAACUGCUGAACACAUCAUCAAGACUAGUGCACCUUACUGCAAAAAGCUCUCCCUGGAGCUUGGAGGCAAGAAUCCUGGUGUCGUCUUUGAGGAUGCCGACUUUGAGAACUGCGUCCAGACCUGCGUGCGAUCCAGCUUUGCCAAUCAGGGGGAGAUCUGCCUCUGUACCAGCCGAAUCUUUGUCCAGGAGACUAUCUUUGACAAGUUUGUGGAGCGUUUUGUCCAAGAAACAAGGAAGUUGAAAGUUGGCCCACCACAGGAACCUAGCUCCAACAUGGGCGCCCUUAUCAGCAAGGAACAUCUGCAGAAGGUCAAAGGUUAUGUGGCCAUUGCCAGCCAAGAUGGCGGGACAGUACUGUGCGGAGAAGGAAAGGAGAUACUUGAUCUUCCAGAGAAGAAUAAAAAUGGGUAUUUCAUGAGGCCCACCGUGAUUGUCAACGUACCAGACAACUCACGGAGCAUGCAGGAGGAGAUCUUUGGUCCCGUCACUUGCAUCAAUAGCUUCAAGACAGAAGAAGAGGCGAUUGAGAGAGCAAACAGUGUGAAGUAUGGACUCGCGGCUUGUCUCUGGACACAGGAUGUCAGUAAGGCACACCGAGUUGGCCAGAAACUCCAGGCUGGUACCGUUUGGACCAACUGUUGGCUUGUCCGUGACCUCAACAUGCCCUUCGGUGGGACGAAAGCUUCUGGGAUCGGACGAGAAGGUGCCACCUCUUCAAGGGAGUUUUACACGGAUGAGAAGACUAUUUGCAUCAAGCUGUAAGGUUUUGUGGAACAAGAAGAAGGCCCGGCCUUACACCAAUAGGGUGUCGCUCAGCGCAUAUUGGCAGACUUACUUUAUAGCCAAUUAGUUUUCUCUGGUGGUAAAGAGCUUUGUUCAAAGAGUGCAUGUAGGUUGCCUUUUGGGCACAAAAUCUGAUGUUUAUAACCUUGUUUAACCUUAGGAAGGGUAACCUGAGUCAUUUCCUCAUAUCUUUACAGUAAUUGUUUUGGUGUUCCUGGGCCAUAUGUUGGAGUAACUUUUGAGUGCUUUUUUAUAUUCCAAAUAAUGGCUUUAUUUACAAACCUUACUUUUUUGUCAGCAACAUGGCAACAAUAAUGUAACAUAAUCUCUGUACAUAUUCAUAUGACCUUUUCAUGUUACUUAGGAAAAGGUCAAAGUGUGCCAAAAGUCCUCCUCAACUACUCAAGUCAAAUCCUUAACAAAAGUAAUCUCCAGUUUUAUUGAGUUAACAUGGUUGUUGGAUUGCUUUUCUUUGAAAUUUCAAGUGCUAUGCAUAUGUAGCGGCAAAUUGUGCUGGUGACUGGAACAUUAAACACUACCAGAUUGUAAGCAUUGACAUCUGAUUUGUGUUAUCACCAACCUCUUGAAAGUACUCCCUGCUCUGCAUGACUGCGGAUCGUCAAAGUGAGCACAACUUUCUUCCUUUUGUUGAUUCUAACUGCAUUUUUGGAAAAAAUCUGUUUUCAUACUUUUCAAAUCUGUCUUGCCUGAAGGAUAUUUUUUAAUCAUUAGUGGAUAUAUUCCAUUAAAUAUUUUGGGAUUUGUUUGUA